AUGUCAAUUUUUCUAUUAGAAGAAAUUUUAGCACCUAUUCUUGAAUUCUUUGAAGACGACACUCAUUCUUUACAUUCAUGCCUAUUAGUUAAUCGUUUUUGGUGUCAUUGUGCAGUCCCCAUUUUAUGGCGAUAUCCAUUUGAAGAUCAUUGGACCAAAUCACAUUUCAUUGUUAACAGCUAUUUAGAAUGUUUGGAUGAGCGCUCAAAGGACAUUUUACGAGAGUCUUUUUGUGGCAUAUUCCCUACUUCUGUUUUGGACACACAGCCUGCCUUUGACUAUAUAAGAUUUUUACGAAAACUUGAUUACCAAGCAUUGCACCAAGCUAUCGAAUAUUGGUGUAAAUACCAAGGAGUUGAUACUCAUGUUAUUAGUCGAGAUUUAGAACCUGACAUGGUGGUGCUUUAUCCGACUAGCGUAAUUUUGAAAAAUUUAAUCGAUCUAAUUGUGGAACGGUCAGCAAACCUUUCAAAACUAUCCAUGUCUGUUGUCUCCCAUCGUGAAGGUGAAUUUCUAGAUUUAAGUCAACACGAAGAGUUUGUUUAUGCAUUCUUGCCAAAAUUGCAGUUUUUAGACUGUGAUGAUUGUAUCCCAGGAAACUUAUUAUUCGCAUCACGAAUUGCUACAAAUUUAACCAAAUUAAAAAUUGAAUGUUCUUGGGGUAAUGAUGUGGAGGUAUUUUCACUCUUUCAAUCUCAAAAAAAAUUGCAACAUUUGACAAUCACUAAAAGAUGGCCGCACUUGGAUAAAGAUGCAUUAGAAGAUGAAAUUUUAUCGAAUUCGCUCACUAGAAUAGAUUUCAUAAAUAACAGAAACCUCAUCGACAAUGGAGGUCCCUUAUGUGUGUUAUCUGUAUGUAAAAAUCUGGAAAUAUUGAGAUUUGACGAUUGGAUGCCUUUCCGUGAAGAUGAUCUCCUCACAUUGGCAACAGCAUCUUUUCCAAAUCUAAGAAAAUUAAUAUUUACUCAAUGUAAGCCGCCACCAAUCGCUUUGGCAACAAUGAUUACAACAAACGGACUCAAUUUACAAGAAUUCAUAUUAACCUUGCAAAGCAAUGAACGAUCAAAUCCGCGACAUACAGGAGUUAUACGAGCGAUCGCCAACAAUUGUCCAAACCUUACGUAUCUUGAUGUACCGAUAGAAAGCAAAGAUCUACAAGAACUUUAUCAACUCUUGUGCAAUUGUACAAAACUUGAGAGUUUGACGAUCAGCACGUCUGCUAAUGACAAUAAAGAAGAAGAUUUUUGUUAUUCUGUUGACAAUUUUUUGCCAAAGAUGGGCAUGGUUAUUCCAAAAACGUUAAAUCAAUUAAAGAUCUUUGCACCUUGGAAAUUUUCGGCCGACUCUUUACAAAAAUUCUUGAAAACGUGUCAAGCUCCAAUUAAGUGUAUGGAAUUAUAUAGAUGGAUAAAUGAUGAACAUCUUAAAGUUAUUACACGAUACGCGAAAGAAAAAAAAAAUUUGAGAGUUUUGAUUUUGCAUUGGACUGAAACAACAUAUCCAGUCCGACAAAAAGCAAGAGAAGCUAUGAUUGAUUUACAAGCUUUUAACUCGAUUGGUCUCAGAAUAGAUAACUAG